AUUUUGAAACAUAUAUACACAAAUUAGUAUAUACGUAUCAUCCUCGUGCUCUUUCACCCUUGAUGUUUAAACUUCUCACAAGGUCGUGCAAUCUACUACUAGCCCCAACCAAACAUUCCACCUGCGCUACAGCUAACCUCUAUAGUACAAUUUCGGCUGCUGCACUAACAAGAUUAAAAAUGUCGGAAGAAAAACCAAAAAUUGUUUUUGUCUUGGGUGGUCCAGGUGCUGGUAAGGGUACACAAUGUUCAAAAAUUGUCGAACGUUUCGAUUUCGUCCAUCUAUCGGCUGGUGAUUUGUUGAGAGAAGAACGUGCCCGUGAAGGUUCCGAGGUUGGAGCAUUGAUUGAAGACUACAUACGUAAUGGAAAGAUUGUACCGGUAGAGGUGACGUGUUCGCUUUUAGAGGCGGCAAUGAAAAAAUCCGACAAAAACAAGUUCCUUAUUGACGGUUUUCCCCGCAAUCAAGACAAUUUGGACGGUUGGAAUCGUCAAAUGUCCGACAAGGUGGAUUUCCAGUUUGUAUUGUUCUUCAAUUGCUCUGAAGAGAUUUGCGUUGAUCGCUGUCUGAGCCGAGGAAAAAGUGGUUCCGGUCGUUCGGAUGACAAUAUGGAAAGUUUGAAGAAACGCAUCCAGACGUACAACAAUGAUUCUCUACCCAUUAUUAAGCAUUUCGAAGAACUCGGCAAGGUUAAACAAAUUGAUGCCAGUCCUUCGUCGGAUGAGGUGUUCUCUAAGGUGGAGGAAGUGUUUGUUCAAAGUGGUUUCUAA